CGACAGAAGAAGUAGCUACAACCUUCCUCCACCUCAGCACUUCACUGUGCUUUGGACUUCUUCCUAUUUUUUUGAGCUGUCAUGUUUUUUUUGAUCUUGUAGAGACUUUUGGAUUUCAGAUCUUCCUAAAUGAAAGUUUACAUUUGUACUUUCUUUGGACUAGUUUUGCAUCUACAGUAAGUGAGGAUUGAGAAUGGUGCGUUUUAAUCGCCUCUCAUCCUGGUAUAGCUGGGACUUACUGCAUGUGGAGGGUAUUCCUGAGGGUCUUCCUGAAUCAGCCCCUCUCCAGAGCCCAACGCCAACACAAUGUCAGGUGAGAUAGACAAACAGAACCACUAGGUCUCUGUACCUCUGUGGUUGCAGUAUUUAAGUUGAUAUUAGACAAAAUGCCAUUGUAAUGUAUGCCAUCUUAAAUGUAAUGCUUAGGCAAUGAUUGCUGUAGUUUUGAUCUGACACAAAACUUUACAGAAUUAGCUGCAUGAGCAGAAUUCUCAAUCUGUAACCUUAGUCAAGGGGGAGAUUGUAUCUGAUUAUUGAUCUCUUGGCCAUGGGCAUGAUGGAAAACCCCAGCAGGGUUGUGUGUGUGUGUGUGUGUGUGUGUGUGGUGAACAGUGGAGACACCACUCAUGCUGGUGGCCUCUUGUAGUGACACAUUUGGGUCCCAUUCUGACCAUUGGCCUCUAUUAUCAGUGAUAUCUGGCUUACCAGGUGAUUCAUCUCUUCCCCUUUAUGUCAAUGCUUCUUUGUAUCCACCGUGGCACUGGCUAUGGUCGUGUGUGCAAAUACGUGUUUGCUUUUUUCCCUGUAUUUGAGUGUGUGUGUGUGGGUUUGUAUGUGUCCAUGAGGCUAGGAAAGUUAAUGUCACACUGUUUUCCCAUUGUUAAUCAGCCUGCCUGAUCAAGGGGCCUCUUAUCGCUGAAUAACAACAGACCUGAUAGGCCAGUUGCACUGUAGAGGGAGAGGGUGGAGAGAGUGAGUGGGGGGGUUGCUGCUACUGCAUGAUCGCUUAGCUACUUUCAAUACAAUCCUCCACCCAGGCCCCUCAGGGGUUUUGGCACUUAAAGAUUUUCCCCAUCCAAACCAAGGUUAAGACCACAAACGGCAGAGAUAAGAUAAGGAGCUGACUCGACACAAGACUUGAUAUCAUUAACCUGCUUGGAGCUGACCGUGACUGCAGACUGCUGAGGGCCACCAACCCUAGUUCCCAGACCUGUCAGUAGGGUUUUAGGUCAGGGUCCUCUCUGUUAUUAAUGGAGGGUGACUGAUAGGUCUACACAGAGGCCAGGUGAAACUCGUGUAAACACCAUAGCUUAGAGAGGGCUGGUUUGAUAGACAGGGCCACACAGAGAUGUCGGUAAAACAAUAAACACCAUCUGUAAGAUGGGGCUGUUUAGUCAGGUGUUGACUGCUGCUCUUUUGAGUAGAAGUGUUCUGUAAUAUCUGCUGUUUUUGUAAGUAGACUACCAUUACAAAUGGAUCAUUUAAAUAGCCUAUGUUGAGAAAUACAGGAGAUCAAUUGCUAAAAGAAGGACAGGAAUCCCAGUUGAUAAGAUAUUACCUGAAUUUGAUGGCUUGUAGUUGAUCUGCCAUGUUUUGAGAAAGUGUUUGCUUAGUCAUAUCUGUGAAGAAUAGGUAAGCACACUUUAUUUGUUGAAACGGGCACUACAAGGGAUUUUCCCCUUCAGGUCAGUACUGGGCAUUUGUUUCCUUGUUACAUUCAACCAGGAAAGCGUUGUGGAAUGUUGUGUGUACACGGGCAAACCAAAACAGAGUUGAUUGAGGAAUACAUCGACCUAAUGUGUGGGGAACUUUGGUUCAAACUAGUGAUGGGUCGUUCAUGAACGAACAGCUCCAUUUUCGGUGAAUGUCAGGAAUCGAAUCUCAUCUGUGAAAGAGCCAAUCAUUUGGCUCCCUGAUUUGCAUACUGCUAUACUACUUUUUGAGCUCCAGACUAGGGCUGUGACGAUCAUGGAAAUUUGGAUGACGAUCAUUGGUCAUUGGUACCAUUAUAACCAUGCGAAUAGCAACAAUAAAACAUCUGAUGCACAUUUUCUCCUUUCCUUUGCUCUUGACUGCUGCUGCAGGGAUGUGGGCAUUGCCUAGGCAACUGAAAACUUGUUUGCUACAACACCUUGCUUGUUUUAGCAAGGAGCAACAAAGUUUCAUUACAUUUACGUCAUUUAGCAGACGCUCUUAUCCAGAGCAACUUACAGGAGCAAUUACGGUUAAGUGCCUUGCUCAAGGGCACAUCGAUAGAUUUGUCACCGGGUCGGGGAUUCGAACCAGCGACCUUUCGGUUACUAGCCUAACACUCUUAACCGCUAGGCUACCUGCUGCCCCUUUGUCACAUUGUAGAGUCCAUGUUGCCGCCCCCUUCUGCCGCCCACAUCAGUAGUUGUAGAGUCCAUGUUGGAGCAGAAACGGACUAACCUAUAAAUGCCCGGCCGUCCCAUCUUCAGUCAGCUCAACAACAACAACAAAAAUUCCACACAAAAAAACGUAUCAUUUUUAACGGUUAUGACCAGGGCAUAAAAUUAACUUUUUGAUCCAUCAGCCACUGUGGCAGGUAGAUUUAAAAAUCUACCAGCCACUCAGAUUUUUUUACCAGCCUAAAUUAUUUUUUUGUUUGCUAAAAUUACAACAUCAAAACAAAAAACAGAUGAGCAUGCUUUAUGUUUCUAAAACAAUAAAUGUAUUACUAGUAAGAAGUAAUGUGGUAUAUUGUUUAAUUUCAUUUGUCUUUUAACCAAAAUAUCAUGAGACAAAUGUUUACCUGCCCCUUUAAGGGCAUGAGGUUACCGUGGUAGCGUGACUUGAGUCAUGUUUGUGCCUGUGAGAUUGAGUCUGACUAGUAGCAGCUUGUCUUCUCUUCCCUAGCAGUUGAAACAACCUAGCUUGUGAACAAAACAAUGUAAAUAACCAAGAAACUUUUAUGCCUGUGUGCAGAGCUUCUAAAAAUGAAUAUUUCACUCAGCUCUUCACUUGCGCAUAGCAGGAUGUUGCAGGCGAGUUGGUAGGCAUAUGGAUCAUAUCUUGACUUUGCGAUUUAAUUGCCAGCUAUCACAAGCCAAAAUACUUUGAAACACUACUCACAUUUAUUUUAUAAAGUAUAUACUAUGCAUUAACAUUAAAUUUUGCUCGCACUGUGGAGCCUGAUAACAAAUUGGCACUGAAUAGUACUCUUACCAGCCUAAUUUGAUGUUUGUUCGUGUUAAUUUACAGCAUAGAUCAAAAACGGUCUGAUCCAUACCAUUAGUUUACAUGUAUAAAGUAUUAUAUUGGCAGCCUAUCUGUUAUCUGUAAUAUUGCUAUAAAAACAUUAUGAAUGAAAUUCCUCACUGCGCCAUUUGGGUGAGGAGUGGCUAGCGUGUUGAGUCUUGUUUGCCGUGUGUAAAAUUAGAUAUUGUAUUUGAACUCACGUUUCACGAGCUGACAUAAUGAUAGUCAACCUUUUAGGCUUUACAUUAGACAUGUGCUGUUUUCAUACAUUUUUUUUAAGCACUACUUUAUGAAGAGCCACUUGUGAGGCAAAUUAAUGGCUCUUUUAGCUGAACGGAGCCAAAAGAUACGUCUCAAUGAAAAAGCUUGGAAUGCCCAUCAGUAGUUCAAACUACAAUAGAGCAAGACUUUGUCGUCAUUUCACUGUGGUAAAGGCCUAACUAAGGCUCUCACCAUUUCAGUAAUACAUGCUUUGUUAACUCGCUCAUUGCCUCUUUUUUUUCUACCCCUGGAGACAUUCCCAGAUGAAUGUCUAUGUGACAAUCUGCUUUGCUCCCAAAGGCAAAACUGUCCUUGUGAGUCUGUUUCUAUAUGCCUGGUACAUGCGUCAUACCAGGGACGGCCUGAAUACAUGUCUGUUCUGUACAGCUGUAGACUAACAGUUUCAUUUACAAUCAGGAGGCAUGCCAGAUUUGAAUGAUAAAGCUGCAAAGCUGUCAGUCAGUUUGGAGAGAAAUGCAUUGGUUUACAAGAAAAGGAAAGGGGGGGGGGGGGGUUGUUGUUGGAGUCUGUGGGGGAUUCAGAACAGUCAGAACAAGGAAGUUGGACGUCAGAGGUGGCUCUAAACAAAGGGCCAAAGAGCCACUAUGAACAGAUGAACAGUUGGCAAGUCUUCAGCAGCACCAGGAUGUCUGUUCUCUUCUACCCUGCAAGCUGUUGUUCUGUCCACGCCCCCUUUAUGCAGAUCAGCGACACACACACACACUCUCACACUUUUCCUGAAGCCCCGCCUCCUCUUCCUUUCCUCCUCAACACAAUGGGGCAGGCAGGAUCCUCCUGGUUGCUAUGACUCCUGGACAGUGGCUGUGUGAAAUUCUAGGCAGGCAGCAGGCUCAGUCAUCACAGCAGGCUUCACCUCUCAGCGUUAGGACAGCGGGACUUGAAGGACUACCACAGAGUUCAAAGAUGAGUCCUGGGGUGGUGCUCAUGGUGUGUUCAUGGAGAUAGAAAGGACACAAAAGCCACAAACAUCAAAACCUGGACUCUUUCAACUUGAGCAGGACAUCUCCGCUCAUAACUUGACUUUAGAAGUGCUUUUUUGAUGGGGAACAACUUCUCGUUGUUGCAGCUGUCGCUCUCUGGGGCUUUCCCCUCUUAGUCUUAGGGCUCUGGCUCUCGUGUGUGUGUGUAUCGGAGAAGGACGAAGAGAGGUUUAACUUGAGAGAACACUGCAGCUAGGUCCGGUCCGGAACGGGCUGCAAUCAAUGAGUCUCUAACUGAAGGAUUAGGAUGGUUUUUGUAAUCUUUGACAUGCCGCUGGUUUCAAUGGUGAGUACUAUACUGCUUACAUUGUGUGAAACUUCAGGGAGCCUUUCCCUUACUGUAUCUCUGUUAGACGUGUACAUCGAUCUGUCAGGGAGAAUUAGACAUCCCAGUUUAGACAGCAAGUCUUGAAGUCACAUUAGGGUAUUGCAGUUGUGGUAGCAGAGGCUUAGCCUACUUCUCUUUGGGGUGGUGGGCAUAGUGCCAGGACUUUGUUUUGUGCUAUAGUGUAUUGAAACUCAUGAUUUCAGAAAUGUCCUGCAAAUGACUGAUACUGUGUCGUUUUUAGUUUUGGUAAAAUGUUCGUUACCAUAUACUACUCUAAAAAGCAUGUCGCUAAAACUAGAAUCACAUUUUUCUCACCUACCAUGCUCUGUGUAUCUGUUGCCAGAGCAUUCCCGUGCUAAGCUAAUAGGAAUUUAGCCUCUCUGGUCUAGCCCAAUGAGUCCAGAGUCUCUCUCUCUCUCUCGCUCUCUCUCUCUCUGUGUCCACUUCCUGCACCUGUGUCCUUGUCCUCUUGGCCAAAAUCCCCCUGGUCAGAGCUGGAUGAGAGGCCACAAUGUUUGCUCCACUGAAGCAGUUAUAUCUAAAUAUAGUGGAUGGGAAAUUAUGCUUGAGUCAUUUGUUACUUUCCCUCUUGAUCUUAUCCCACGUUGAUACUAAAACAGAGGAGGAAAACAUCCCCAGAUAUGAAGUAACAGUUCAUACUACUUUGGAUAGGAGGAGAAGAUUGUAGUGUACUACAAAGAUUGAUCUAAAAGUGGUUGCUGCAUGAAAGCCUUUAAAGAAUCCCGAAAGGUAAUACAUUUUGAACAGUAUUGUUUAUAGAUGGGUACAGUAGAUAAUGUGUGUCUGCAGAGAGCGAGAGAGUGGUUUGCUGUUGCUCCUCUCCAUCUGACAGUUUACCACACCACUUGUCAAUGCUAACCUGCCUCUUUGUGUACAUUCUCACUAUGGAUCAUGAACUGUAGACGGAGACCUCUCUUUUUCUCUUAUCCUCUGCCUAUGGUUUGUUAGCCACCCAGAAUGGCGUGAAAGGGAAAUAGUUGAGAUUGAGAGCAGUGGAUAAGAAAACAGCAGUCAAUACCUUGGAAUUGAUGUACCUUUCUACUGUGACAUGAACUGAACACGGGUCAAUGGCCCAGCGACUCCCUAGUCCCCACUAGCAGAGUACACUGCACUGACACACUGUCUCUCUCUGAUGGUAAAAACAACUGUUUCCUCAGAUACUGAGGAGGCCCAUGUUUGUUUGGUUUCCCAGGCGGACAGUGCUCGUAAAGUGGAUUGAGAUUGCAUGUUUAAGGCGCACAGGCCGGCGGAAGGGCUUGCUUGCUGACAGGGUAACAAUACCCUCUGUAUAUAGCCUCCCUACUGUUGUUUUAUUUUACUGCUGCUCUUUAAUUAUUUUUAAUUUACAUUUUUUACUUAUCUAUUAUUUUACUUAACACUUAUUUUUCUUAAAACUGCAUUGUUGGUUAAGGGCUUUUAAAUAAGCAUUUCACUGUAAGGUCUACACCUGUUGUAUUUGGCGCAUGUGGCAAAUAACAUUUGAUUUGGUUUUUGAUUUGGAAUAGUGAUGGCACAAUGGAGUGGAUUGACUCCAGCCGUCCGCCUGUUCUUAUGGAACAGUCUUCUUCCCCCCCUGGCCUGUUCUCUUUCCCUCUGUGAUGUAAUUAGUGUUCCGUCUCAGGAAGAGGCAUUCCGUCCCUGUGGUCCUGUUUGUGUCUGAACGACAGUUAGGAUGUUAGGAUUGCUUUAACAGCUCUCCUGCUGAUGUCAUCCUUCACUUCAAAAAUUCCCUCUGAUUUCCUGUUUAUUCUCCUCGUGUAUUUGACUUUUUCCUUCCUGUCUUUCCUCCUCUCUUUUCGGAUGAGUUGAUAUUCUUCUUACCCUCUCUUUCUUCUCUUUCUGUUUCGCUCUCUCUUUUCUUUUCAUGGUGACUUCAUGUAAAUGCUUUAACACGGGUCUCUCCUGGAUGUUGCAGGGUCAGGCACGUCGCAGGAAGAACAUGACAGAGUUCCUUGGGGACGCCAGCAUCCCGUCUCCGGACUCCCUGACCGUGCUGAGCGGCUCUCUGUCCAGUAUGGGGGUUGGAUCGGACAGCUGGAAGAACCGCGCUGCCAGCCGCUUCUCUGGCUUCUUCGGCUCCAACGCUGGAGCAGGGGCCUUUGGCAAGGUGAGGGUAAAAGGCCAUAUCCACUCAGCUCCCAGUGAGAUCACUUCCCUCCUCUCCAAAGCCUCUGAGUUGGCUCACAUAGCAACGUCCCACUAAACAAAUACGCUAAGUAGCUGUGGUGGAAGUGACCUGGAAGAACAAAGGAUUAACAUGUUUGAGUAAUGUCUAUUCAAGUCCCUACUAUGAUAAUAACAUUCCACACACAAGAAUGGAAAAAUAAGACACAAAAAUAUGAAAUGGCAAUAAUCAUUCACCUUUAUCUCUUAAGACUAACAAAGCACACACACACGUACAUUGUCCGCGCUCCCCUGAGGUCAUAUCCUGCACAGUAGCAGAUGUCAGAGGGAGACUGUGUCUGUCACUCACCUGUCAGCUCCCAGGUCAUCUCUAUUCACCGUGGCCAAUGGCCAUCAUCUUUAACCCUGUCAGUGGCAGGGCUGGGUGGUGGACCAUAGAGACCUGCCCCCUCUCCUCUCCACAAAGCAGAGGUGAACCAGGGUCAAACAACCAAAUCCUGUACCCCCUUCAGGGGAUAGGUCCCCAAAGCACAGUUAGCAUCACCCCCCCCCCACCUCCUCUAUUGUCCAAAUGAUCUCAAUGCACAGAGCUCAUUUUCAUACGUACACAUAAGGCUGCCCUGGCAGGACAAUAGUCUGGGUAGCUGUUAAGAUUUAAGAAUUCAGUGGACUAUGCUAAUGCAGGAGGUCAAUCUGGCAUACAGUUUUCUUUAAGAGUGUAAUAACCUCUAUUGUAAUAUUAUAAUACAGUUAAAGACACUGUUCCUGCCUCUCCCCUUCCUAAAGUAAUACUGACCUUAUGAUUUCAUCUAAAUGUGCUGUGCAUGUGAAUUACUUUCUAGUGAAGCAGGAAUACUUAUUUUGCCCAGGAUCUGUGUUCAUUAACAUGUAUGUGUUUUUACCCAUUCUAUCAGGAGUUGGACCGCAUGGAGCAGCUCCAGAAUAAACUGCACUCGUACACUCUGUUUGGCCUUCCCAAGGUUCCUCCUCAGUUCUCCUUCCAUCACGACUCCUGGGAGGAGGAAGAGGAGGAGACCAGCUUCACCCUGGAGGACAGCUGGACACAGCUACUAGACAACCAUGAGGUAUGGUAACAUGAAGACACACACACACAUGAAUACAGGCACGCACCAAAACAUAAACUCACCGAAACACACACUCAUUCACUGACACAUAACCACACAUGCUUGAUCACAUACACAUAGCUACUCACAUUCAUUAGAAUGCACACAUUGGCAUUUUUCGACAUUUCAAAGAAUGCAAACUACUCCCAUAUUAAGUCAUAAACUGUUCACAAUCAGUUCCUGUUUUGGCCUGACAAUCUCACGCCCAUCCAGUCCAGUGUUUCCCAGCAACAGAGGGCUGAUAAUGUUUACAGACAGUGUUAUACAGCUGUUAUUAAGGUUGAUAUGGAGUUAUAUAAACGUUACCAGAUUUAGAGGUGGGCUCAGGUAAUCAGACAAGAUAGACCGAUGUCUGUGUGUGAUAAGAUACUGUGUGAUUAGGGAUCAAGGUUCGUGGGAUUUCAGUCAGUCACUCCAACUCAAUCAGUGUUUGAUUGAGCUCAAUCUUGAUGGUAUCAUUUUUACAUAAUCUUAUGAGUGUGUGCGCUGAUGUUUGUGGGCAGACAUGUAACAUAAAGCCGUUAUCUCGUGAGUCUGUUUCGUGCAGUAUGUUCUCAGACAUGCCUUAUGGCUUUUAUCCAGUGGUGUAAACUACUUAAGUAGUUUUUGGGGGUAUCUGUACUUCACUUUACUAUUUAUAUUUUUGACUACUUUUACUUUUACUUCACUACAUUCCUAAAGAAAAUAAUGUACUUUUUACUCCAUACAUUUUCGCUCACACCCAAAAGUACUAGUUACAUUUUGAAUGCUUAGCAGGACAGGAAGAUGGUCCAAUUCAUGCACUUAUCAAGAGAACAUCCCUGGCAUCUCUACUGCCUCUGAUCUGACGGACUCAUUAAACACAAGUGCUUCCUUUGUAAAUGAUGUCUGAGUGUUGGAGUAUGCCCCUGGCUAACCAUAGAAAAAAGAAAAGAAAAAAUGGUGCCGUCUGGUUUGCUUAAUAUAAGGAAUGGUUUACUUUUACUUUUGAUACUUAAGUAUAUUUUAGCAAUUAGAUUUACUUUUGAUACUUAAGUAUAUUUAAAACCCAAAUACUUUUAGACUUUUACUCAAGUAGUAUUUUACUGGAUGACUUUUACUUGAGUCAUUUUCUAUUAAGUUAUCUUUACUUUUACUCAAGUAUGACAAGUGGGUACUUUUUCCAACACUGCUUUUAUCCUAUGAGUGUGUGUGUUGCUACUUUGUAUGUUCAGACCAAGUGUAAGGCGGUUAACUCAUGAACGUGGGGGAUGUCCUGUGUUCUUAUAUGUGAGUGUUCACAUAGAUGUGUAUGAGGCCAUUAUCUAAUUGAGUGUGUUUGGUUGUGUGUGUUUCCAGACGUUGACCAGACGCCAGUUCCACCAGCAGGAAGCUAUCUGGGAGCUCCUGCACACUGAGGCCACCUACAUCAAGAAACUACGAGUCAUCACUGACGUAAGUGCCCUUUACAAAGUAAUUGCUUUUCUCCCUUACACACGUUUACCCCUACAUCAUUUUUGGAAGAACACCCUAACCCUGUACUCUAUGUCAAGUCCAAAUGAACUACUUCAAUGAAUCCUCUUUUGGUUGGGUCUGCUUUCUGAGUGCCGUAAGUGACACAUAUACACAGUGUACAAAACAUGCUCUUUCCGUGACAGACUGACCAGGUGAAUCCGGGAGAAAGCUAUGAUCUCUUAUUGAUCUCACUUGUUAAAUCCACUUCAAAUCAGUGUAGAUGAAGGGGAGGAGACAGGUUAAAUAAUUAUUUUUAAGCCUUGAGACAAUUGAGACCUGGAUUGUGUAUGUGUGCCAUUCAGAGGGUGAAUGGGCAAGACAAAAGAGUUAAGUGCCUUUGAACGGGGUAUGGUAGUAGGUGCCAGGUGCACUGGUUUGAGUGUGUCAAGAACUGCAACGCUGUUGGAUUUUUCACGCACAACAGUUUCCCGUGUGCAUCUAUCAAGAAUGGUCCACCACCCAAAGGACAUCCAGCCAACUUGACACAACUGUGGGAAGCAUUGGAGUCAACAUGGGCCAGCAUCCCUAGGGAACACUUUCGACACCUUGUAGUCCAUGCCCCUGACGAAUUAAGGCUGUUCUGAGGGCAAAGGGGGUGUAACUCAAUAUUAGGAAGGUGUUCCUAAUGUGUUGUACACUCAGUGUAGGUUGUCUAUCUCUUGUGCAGUACUCUCUAGAUGUCCUAUAUGAUGUCCCAUAUUGCAACCUGUUCUCCCAUGUCCUAUCUUCCUCCAGUUGUUCCUGUGUGGGCUGUUGAACCUUCAGGAGAGUGGUCUGCUGACGGAGGUGGAGCCUGCGCGUCUCUUCAGUAACAUCCAGGACAUUGUGCGUCUGCAUACGGCGAUGUGGAACCAGGUGAUGCUGCCUGCCCUGGAGAUCGCCCGGCAGGCCAGGACCCUCCUCAACCCUACAGACCUCCACCACGGCUUCAGGACGUUUGGCUCCAGGUUCAAGCCCUACAUCCGUUACUGCAUGGAGGAGGAGGCCAGUAUGGAGUACAUGAGGUCACUACUCAGGGAAAACGAGCUCUUCAGGAUCUACGUCACGGUGAGUUGUAGUCAGUCUGUCCUCCCGAUCUUUCUGUUUAUACUGACAGUGUAAAGUUAAACAACUGCCCACCAAAGACUAUUUACUCAUCUCACAAAUAGAGCAAAGUCUACCAAUAUCAAAUACCACUAUUACAUUCUACAUGCCACUUUUCAGUGUUGUUCAGUAAGUUCCUAGCCACAUUUUCUUUAACCUCUAACUCCUGGUCUCUCUCCCUGCACAGUGGGCUGAGACUCAUAAGCAGUGUAACCGGCUGAAACUAGCUGACAUGCUGGCCAAGCCUCACCAGAGACUCACGAAGUACCCCCUACUGCUGAAGGCUGUCCUCAAGAAGACUGACGACUCAUCGUCCCGUGACGCCAUCAACAGCAUGGUGGCGUGUGUGGAGGGCUUCAUCAACAGUGUGGACUCUCAGAUGCGCCAGCGGGAGGAGCAGCAGAAGCUAGCCGCCAUCUCUGGACGUAUCGACUCCUACGAAGCAGUGGAGGGGAGCAGCGAGGAGGUGGAGAAGGUGAGCACACGCCAUACUCAGGGCUAGCUUCCUGGAUAUACUGCUGCAAGUCUACUGCUAGACUAGAAUCUCUAUUGAAUGUGAUUUUUAGUCCAGGUUGAAAUUGUGCUACAUGUUGCUUCAAGAGGCUUGUGUUUCUGCUUGGUGUACAACCCUUCUUCUUCUCUCUCUCCUUAGAUCCUGCGUGAGUUUAACCGCUUCGACCUGAUGGCUCCUAUGAGAGGCACAUCACCAGAGGAGACCAGACAGCUCCAUUUGGAGGGGGCACUGCGCAUGAAGGAGGGCAAAGACAGCAGGGUAACUGCUUUUAUCUCAUUAUAACUGCUUAUAACUGUUGCAGGCUGAGAACUACCCACUGAGAACUACCCAUUGUCAUUGUGAUAGAAUAAGUCAAUGACCAGGGUGAUUAUUUUCAUAAUAUUUACCUAUUUGAUUUAGCCUAGUUAUUGUACUAGAAUGAUGACAAUAGACCUGAAAUUGACCUAGAAGUAUUUCCCCAUCCUUCCGUCCUCAGAUGGACGUGUACUGCUUCCUGUUCACAGACCUGCUGCUCAUCACCAAACCAGUGAAGAGGUUAGAGAAGGUCAAGGUGAUCAGACAGCCCCUCCUCAUCCACAAUGUCAUCUGCAAGGAACUCAAGGACCCUGGUGAGUACCAGCAUGCAACUACAUUUAAACCAGGGUUCAAGGUAUUUGUUUAUUUCAAAUACUUCAGUUGUGCUUGAUUAAGCAUGUCUGCCGCAAUGGAACCAAUAGAAAAGUCCUAAAAGUGAUAUUCCUUCCCAUCUGGCACUCCAGACAGGCUCAAGCAAGUGCUUGCGUAGUGUUUGAAGUAUUUCUGUUUACUAGCUCUGUUUACUCAAACAUGUUUUGAUUAGCUGUUCUCUCUUCCUAUAGGCUGCUUCAUUCUCAUCUACCUCAAUGAGUUCAAGAGCGCUGUGGCAGCCUAUACUUUCCAGGCCAACAGCGCCACCCAGGGGCGAAGCUGGGUUGAUGCCAUCUGCAACGUCCAGAACCAGCUCCAGAGAAUGCGGACUGAGGAGGUUCUCAGGCAGCAGGUCUCCCUACAGCGCCGGCUAGAUGGAGAGGAGGAGGGCGACGAGGAGAGCAGCAACUCCACUUCCAGCUCCUCCUGCAUGAGGCACAAAGAUCAGCAGGGCCCAAGGUACAAACCCAAACAACUACUUAGAUAUAGUAGAGCCUCACUCUUCUAUAAAGACACUGUGUAGAUGUUGAUCAGAUCUGUGCAAAGAUUAUUUCAUAUAAACGUUAUACAUUAUUGUUAUUGUUUAUAUUACUAGAACCAUUGUCAUCAUUCUAACAUUUUGUUCUCUUUCUCUUCCAGUCAUUCGGAUGGCUCCACAGAGACCCUGUCAGUCAUGGACAUAGGAGAGGAUUCAGGAGAGCACCAAAACCCCUCUGCCCCAAACACAGACCCAGUAGGACCCUUAGAGAAGAGCCCAGACUCGAGCAUAGUUACCCCACCUGUUGGCCCUGAGCACCUGCACUGCAACCCUGCCAGCCCCCAGGACAACCAUCCCGACCGGGACCAUGAGCCAGAGCAGGAGGUGGGUAUGGAGGAAGGGGAGGUUGAGCUGGAGCCUCAGUGUCGUUCUCUGUCCAUGGACAGUGCUUACGGUACCCUCUCCCCAGAGUCCCUACUGAGAGAGCUGGACCUGCAGACACGACCAGGCCAGAGCAAGGGAGAGGAGACUGAAGAGGAGGGAGAGAUAGAGGGCCACGAGGUGGAGGUGGAAAUGGAGAACGAAAAGGUGGUAAUGAAACUGGUGGAGGAGGAUGAGGAAGUGGAGGAGGAGGAUUCAACCUCUGUUGGUUCCCAGCUGUCAGUGGUUCAGUCUCUGAAGCCUCGGCGACGCCCCCCGGUGAAAGCCCGCCUCCAGAGCCUGAACAUCAAGUGCCUUUCAGAGGACAACCUUCUGCAGCGUUUCCGUGACAACGCCCCUGUCUCCCAGAUACAAACCCGCAGCCCUACAUCCCAGGACCAAUCAGAACACAGGAGAGAGAGUGCGGAAUGCCUGGUCCACAGUAAGAGCCUAUCAGCCCAAGACCUUACGGGGCUGUUUCAGACUGACCUAGACUCAGAGCCUGAGUAUGAGGACUUCCUCAACAUGAGCAUGCCUUCUGGUAAGCUCUGUGACUCCCUGAGGAAGGCGGAGGCCCGGCAGGUCCAGAGGGCUCUGGCUGCAUCUGAGGCCUGUGAAGGCAGCAGGAGCCAGGCUAACAGCAGCGGCUCAGAUGGGGAGACUGUGGUGGCGCCCUCUGGAGGACAGGGGGGGAAGUGCAGUGAGUCGUUCACAGCCGGUUGCCCAGAGAAGCAGUCGUCGCCUAAAAGAAGGAAGGCCCAGCAGCACAAGAAGCUGACCCUAGCCCAGCUCUAUAGGAUACGCACAACCCUAGUGCUCAACUCUACUCUCACCGCAUCGUAAGUCACAGCUCACUUUAUACAUGGGUAUCAUCUCUAUACACCUGGAUGUGCUCUUUGGUCUUAAAUGUAGGCUUACAGUAUUUGAUUCUCUGAUGUUUCUGCCAAGUUGACACAAUGCAAGUUGUGGUUGUUUACACUGAAAUCACUACCAAAGUAGAACCCACAGAGGAACUCUUUGAGCCAAAGUUGUAUUUUACUCUCUACAAUACCAAAGGCCUUGUGGUAAUCAAUAGCUGUUGUGUGUUUUCUGUUUCUAGGGAGGUGUAACCACUCUGGCAGACAACCAACCAACUAGUGGCAACCUGACCACGAAGAGGAACCAUACUCUAUGGAGUCUGCAUAGAGGGGACUGAAUUCCUUGUGACACACAUGCACUCUCUCGAGCUGCCUUCUCCCUUCCCAUUGCCUGUUGGACAGUGUCUGCUGAACGGUUUUGCAAUCGGACAAUAAGAACCUUCUUUGCUGUUGCAUUUGGUUUCAGUUUGUGUGGGGUGGGAGGGAAAAGGCAAAGAGACAUUUAACUGCUUGCACUUUGUAACGGACGGACGGACGUAGCGUUGAGGGGAGCUGAGGCUGGGACCUUUGGGUGGACUAGACAGUUACUGGUGUAGGGUAACAACCUACCGGCCUACCCUCUAAAAAGAGACUGAAAGAGGGGUAGUCCAGGCAUAGAUCUGCAUGCUUCUCUCUGCAAUGGACCGGAGAGAAUCAGAGAUGAUCUAGGAAAGGGUGGCCCAAACACUCUUAACUCUUAAAGAUGCACUCCGGGAUCCAAAUUCAUAACAUAUUGCACAAAUUGGAUUCAUAACAUAUCACACGAAUUGCAACAUUCGUAUGAUAUCAUACAAAUUGCAAAAUUCGUAUUAUAUCACACGAGAUGGAUGACACAGUACACAAUUGGAUGACAUAGUACACAAAAAACAUGGACCACUUUUGGCUCGUGAGCACCACUUUCAAAACUACUGGCUGAAAUGAUACAAAAGUUGGAGAAUGCAUCUUUAAGUAAUGAAAAGAAAAAGUCACAAUGUCUGAAGAAAAUAGCUCUCUAAAAUGUGUUUGGUGAAUUGCAGCAACUAAGAUGUCCUGGUAUUUGUUCUACUCCUAGUUUGCUUUGAUAAAACAAAAACAAUAAAUAUUAUAUCUUUGUUAAAUAGAAGAAUCACUAAGGGGAUAACUUUACAUUCACAGUGCACACUUUGAAUUGGUUGUGUGUGUGUCUGUCUGGGUGGGUGUGUCUGUGUGUGAAUGAUACAUUGUCCUAAACUCCUGACUGAACCAAAAUUAUUUCCAUCAUGAUUUUCAUCCUCUGUGAGUAACAUACCCAAAGAUGUAAACACCUGAGUACCAAGUAGAUUCUAAACUAAAGGUAUACAUAAAAACAGUGUUCCAGCAACAAGUAACAACCACAUAUUGUGUUAUCAACUGCUGUGUAUUUUCAAACGUACAGAGCCAACAAUUUAUUUUCAAAAUUGCUGCAUCUAAGAUUAGCAUAGACACAGAGCAAUUUCUGGGCUUUAUAUUUUCUACUGUGCUGAAGCCAUUUUUUCAAUCAAUAGUGGUGGUAUGAUUUAACUA